AUGAUUCGCCCUUUCAUUUGUGAUUCACAUGGUGCUUUCGUUGUGUUUGAUCUAACUGACUUAAAAACAUUCAAUAAUAUUGCUGAAUGGAUCAAAGAAUUGCAUCAAUAUGGAUCCAAAGAACUAUCCAUUAUUCUGGUUGGUAGUAAAUCAGACUUGGUCACUCGACGACAAGUAACAUACGACCAAGCAAUGACUCUUGCUAUUCAAUUCAAUUUUCAAUACAUAGAAACAUCAGCACUCAAUGGUUCUAAUGUUGAACAAAUGUUUAUCUCACUUGUUACAAAUAUUUAUUAUAAGAAAGUCCAAGUCACAGAUACACCAUUAUCAGUACCAAAAGUCAUAACUACUAUUCCACCAUCAUCAUCCGUUAGUUCUCAAGAAAUUUCUACGAAUAAAACUGAAAUUUUAUGUGACAUAUGUGCAUCGAAGAAAUCAAUGGUGACUAUGCCGUGUCAUGGAUGUGCUAAAAAUUUUUGUCAAAAGCAUUUAAGCGAACAUAGAGAGAAACUCAAGAAAGAUCUCAACAAGAUUAUCAAUGAACAUGAUAAAAUUCUACAAGAUUUUCAUAUGAGAAUCAAUCGUUCAUCGAAUUCACUUGAUAAUGACGAUGUUCGAGCUCUAUUAAAACAGAUCGAUGAAUGGCAAACAAGAACAAUCGAUGCUUGUCGUCGAACAGCUGAUGAAACUCGUGGAAUAGUAACACGAUUGUUCAGUAAGAAAAAAGAAAAUAAUAUUGUUAAAAAACGAAUUGAAAUCUUAAGAAACGAAUUAAUACAGCAUCGACAAUCAGAGAAAUUAAUUGAAAAUGAUCUUGAACGGUUGAAACAAAAAGUUGAUGAGCUCAAAAAUGAUAUGAUUCAAUUGAUGGCCUUACCGGAAACUAUUAUUAUUCAAACACAACCAAUCGAUUGGAGGAAGAUCCUCAAUAUUUCAAGACCAUCCAAUACUGAUCAAAUAGUCAAUCAUUACAUAUUAGUUAUAGGCGAGAUAGGAGCUGGUAAGUCGACAAUCAUCGAUUAUACUGCCAAUUUUUUUGCAAAUAAACGUACAUUUUAUAAUCGUAUUCUGAGAACAACAGUAAACCCAUCUCAUGCUUUGAUAACCACAAAUAUGGAUAGUUAUGUACAAGCAACGAUGACUAAUUAUUAUCGAUUUCCUAUCGAUGAUCGUGAAAAUAUUGUGUUUAUUGACACAAUCAAUUUUAGUGAUGAUAAUAAAAUUCUGAGCGGUAAUAAACCAGUUGAUUUACUUGAUAUUGAUGAAUUCGCGGGAAUCAUGCUGGUAAUUGACGCGAGAAAUUUCAAUGGAAAAAAUCUAUCAAAUGAGAUUAAAAAAUAUAUAAACGAUAUGUAUUCUUCAACAACAGAACAAUUUCGACAAUUGUUUGUAGUAGUAACCCAUUGUAAAUCAUGCAAUCUAGAAUUCGAUCUAUUAAAAUUGGGAUUACCUGAAAACAUCAAUGUCUUUAGUAUGGAAAAUUCAGCAUAUUCAUCUGAGAAACAGUUACAAAGACGAAGUCGUACCGAAGAUGACUUUCUAGCUUCUAUGCAAACUAUAGAACAGAUUGUCAAUAAAAUACUUGAUGGAAGUGAUCAACAAUGGAAUAUAAUUUGA